AUGAAGGAAGAUUUUCUACCCAAUUCUCAUGUGCCCAUCAGUGAUGGGAAGUCCAUUCUCAAAUCAGAGCUCUUAAGCCUGCUAAAAACCUACAACUGCUACCAUGAGGGGAAAAGCUUCCAGCUGAGACACAGAGAGGAAGAAGGGAUUCUGAUCAUCGAGGGGCUCCUCAACAUCUCCUGGGGACUGAAGCGGCCUAUCCGACUCCAGAUGCAGGAUGACUGGGAGCGGCUGCCCCUCACCCCCACCUCAUGGGCAGUCGGGCAGUCCAGUUGUGAGCAAAUGGAAGCACUUCUUCAGGACAGUGGCAGAGAUUCAGCUGCAGAGCCAGGCACUGGGUCUUCAGUGAAGCCAGAGAGCGCCAGGAACAGCUCAGAGGCCGUGGAAGAGGACACAGAGGUCCCACAGCUACUGAGGACCAGGAGUGAUGCCAGUUGUAUGAUUCAGAGGAGGCCCAAGGGGCGCACACCUAGUGAGGCGCAGAGGAUCCAGCGACACCGCUUCUCCAUAAACGGGCAUUUCUACAACCACAAGACCUCUGUGUUCACACCUGCCUUUGGCUCCAUGACCAAUGUGAGGGUCAACAGCACCAUGACGACCCUGCAGGUGCUCACCUUGCUGCUGAACAAAUUCCGAGUAGAAAAUGACCCUGGAGAGUUUGCACUUUACAUCGUACACGAAUCUGGGGAACGAACAAAGUUAAAAGACUGUGAGUACCCCUUAGUUUCCAGAAUCCUGCAUGGGCCAUGUGAGAAGAUUGCUAAGCUCUUCCUGAUGGAAACAGACUUGGGCGAGGAAGUCCCCUGUGAUGUUGCUCAGUACAUUAACUUUGAAAUGCCGGUGCUGGACAGUUUUGUUAAGAAAUUAAAAGAAGAGGAGGAAAGAGAAGUAAUCAAACUGACCACGAAGUUCCAAGCCUUGCGUCUGACAAUUCUGAAGCGUCUGGAGCAGUUGGUGGAAGUCAAGUAG